AGUGGGGAGCGCUGCCCGCGCCGCUCGGGACGGACGGGCCGCGGGCGGGGCCUCGCUGUUGUUGUCGCCCGGGGUCUGAGGAGAGGAUCGGCCGCUCGCCCGCCCGCCCCGGGAGCCUCCCAGGUCUCGCUCAGCCGCUCGCUGCGUCCCGAGCUAGUCGGGGACAUGUCGAGGUGGGCGGGGGCCCGGUGGGCUGGCGCCAGACGGCGGACGGCGGCCGAGGCACACGCGCCCUCCUCGAGCUUUCCCCGGAGACGCCUUCCUUUACAAACGCCCCGGGCUUGAAGGAGCCGUCACGGCGAGGAGGCCCCGUCAGGACCGAGAGCAGGAAACGCCGGAUCCGCGCCCUUUGCAGCAGCCGUUGCGCAGGAAUCGCUCCAGACGCCGCGACGAUGAAGCUGUUGGAGAACUCCAGUUUUGAAGCCAUAAACUCCCAGCUGACGGUGGAGACGGGCGACGCUCACAUCAUCGGCAGGAUCGAGAGCUACUCGUGCAAGAUGGCUGGUGACGACAAGCACAUGUUCAAGCAGUUCUGCCAGGAGGGGCAGCCGCACGUCCUGGAGGCCCUGUCACCUCCUCAGACCACAGGGAUCAGCCCCAGCAGGCUCAGCAAAAGCCAGAGCGGCGACGAGGAGGGACCCCUGAGCGACAAGUGCAGCCGCAAGACCCUCUUCUACCUGAUCGCCACACUCAACGAGUCCUUCCGCCCGGACUACGACUUUAGCACUGCCAAGAGCCACGAGUUCAGCCGGGAACCCAGCCUCAACUGGGUGGUGAACGCUGUGAACUGCAGCCUCUUCUCUGCUGUCCGGGAAGAUUUCAAUGCCCUGAAGCCACACCUGUGGGACGCUGUGGACGAGGAGAUCUGUCUGUCUGAGUGUGACAUCUACAGCUACAACCCCGACCUGGACUCGGACCCCUUUGGCGAGGAUGGCAGCCUCUGGUCCUUCAACUACUUCUUCUACAACAAGAGGCUGAAGCGAAUCGUCUUUUUUACCUGUCGCUCCAUCAGCGGGUACGCGUACACGCGCUCGGAGCCGGGCGCCGAGCUGGACAUGGAUCUCGGUGAGGGAGACGCAGAAGAGAACAGGGAUGCUGGCGACACCGAGAGCGGCAGCAUCGAGGAGGACAGGUUGCAAGUUAUUUGCAUGUGAGUCCCCGGAGGGCCCCGAGGUGCUGCUCGCCCUCCUGCCUUCUCCUGCCUGCAUCCCACCACCGCUGAGGCAGCCCCCGGUCCCCGCCCCUGCCCAGCUGCUCUGCCCCACAUGUACACUGGAGACCACUCCGGCAUCCCGGAGCACAAUGGACUGGGAGCAGCCGUGGUCUACUGGCCGUGGAUGUGUCUCCUCGCUCCGGCGCUGCCGACCAUCCCCCCCUUUUCCCCUGGGCCGGGGCCCCGGACAGCUGUGUGGGAGCUCCGAGAAGCUUUGCUGCACUUUAUCGCUGAUCUCGUUGGCUGCACUGACCUGCAAACUCCUCGCGACGCUGAUCCCGGGCUGGAUUUCCCUCGAGCAGUUUUCCCUCCUGGCAAUCACCCGGUGACCACCAUCCGUCCAUCCGCAGCGCUGCAGCCGGAGGGAAGCUCUGCCCGGCCCCCUCCGCACGCCGCGCUGCUGAACUCCCCACGAACUGUCCCCAGUUCCUUCCACAGAGAAGAGUCCGUCUGUUUCAAGAGGUUUGCUUUGCUCCCGCCCUCCUGCCGUGGUUCUCUGCCCUGGUUUGGUUUUGUUGGUUGUUUUCUGAUCCUCGUGGGGUGGUGCCGGUGUCCUGCACCCGGGGGUCCCACCUGGCAGCCCCGGGGUGGAUGCUGGACCAGGCGCCUCAAGCCCACCCCCAGGGCUUCCUUUGGGGUUUGUUUCAAACCCUUCCUGACUUUGGGCUGCCCAGGGGCCGGGGCCUGAGCUGGGCUGGGGCUGUGGGGCUGGGGCCGUGGGGCUGGGCUUGGCUCAGCCUGUUCAGGGGCUGCGGCAGCUGAUUUGGUGUUGGGGUGAGCCCAGUUCUACCACAUCUCCCCCUGAUCUCUCCAUUCCCCCCACCCAGCAGCCACGGGGGGCAGCCCCCCACUCUGCCCCAGGGCCUGGGGGGCCACGGUACCCCCUCCAUAUUUCAGCAGGUGGCUGAGGGCAGGGAGAGCUCAGCUGAGCACGCACAAACCAUUGGAGCUGCCUCCCCAUGCCCCCAGCCUCCCUCUGGGGUGUGUUGGAGAGUCUUCCCCUUCCCUCCCAGUUUUUGGGAAGGGCUGUCUGGGAAGGUGCAGUGAAUGCCCCAUGGUUGGAGACACCUGGCACUGGGGGGCUUCCCCGGAGGGCUUCUCCCCAUCCCUGGGCCCAGGGGGAGGCUCCAGGUGAUGUUCCAGACAUGGCUCCAGCCUCUAGGGGUGUAGAGGGGGUCAGACAGGUCCUCCCCUCUCCCCCAGUGUGGGCUCUGCAGCAGUGCAGUGUUGUCCUUGCUCCUCUCCUGCACUGUAACUCCUCCAAAGCUUGGUUUAAGUUGGAGUUUGUUUCUUCAUCGCUCUUCUGGACUAGCCUGAGUGGGGAGGGGGUUGCCUUGGACCCCCUUUUCCCUCUGGGCCCUGGUGGGAUGGAGCAGGAUUUGUCCAGUUCCUGUCUCAUCCAUCCGUGGCCCCCCUUGCGCGCUGUUCCCCCAGCCCCUGUCAGGGAACCUGGACUUGGCUACACCCCAAUGUAUCAUUUAACAAUAAAGUUUUUCUGUGA